UUGCCCAGUUGCUUAGCGAUGAAUGUGGAGGAGAAUUCAGCCUCAGCUGCGGCAGAUUCUCCUGAGAAACAGACGGGGGACAACCCGUUGAAGGCUUACAAGUGGUUCACAGGGUCCAAGUUGAAUGCUAGGAAGGAUGAAGAGGAAGAGCAGGAGGCAGCUUCAGAGAGGGAGGCCCCAGAGGAAGGGGACUUGAAGGAGGCUGUUGGAGGCGCUGAGACUGCUCUGCAGGGCACUCAAGGGGAAAGUUCCCCAAAGAUCAAGGGGAACAACUGCACAGCUGACAGGGAAAGUGCCAACCAGAGUCAUCCAACCCAUGGUGAUGGUCAAGCUGUGCGGGGCAAAAGGGACAAUCUGUCCAAGAAAUUGAGCUACCAGCGCACUCAAUCUGAACCAGCCCAAUCCACAAAAGUCCCUGGAACUCUGAGAAAGGUGAAGUCAGACUCGGCUGAGAGGAUCCGGAGAUUACUAACUACAUUUUCUAAUCGACUGUCCGGAAAACGUUCUUUCCAGGAGCCAGCAUCGGACCAUUCCCAGCAAGACGAUGUUGACGCAGCAGCGACAUCCACCACUCCGAGCCCUCCCAUUUCUCUGGUGCCCAGUGUGGGAGUCCCAGUCUGGGACGUCAAUAACUGUACCCUAGUCGACGGCCAGCUCGUGCUGAUGUCAAAGGAUGAUGAGGGAAGUUGCAAAAUUAGGCUGAGGACUAGUAGCUGCAUAUCUGAUACCAGCUUCAGUCAAUCGCAGAACUGCGAGCCUACCCCUGGUAAAAAGAGUCCCUCCACCAUUAGGAAAUUGGAAAGGAGUGGAGGCACUAGUGAAGGUCCAGUGAACAACGUGAAGAAUCUGAUCAUCAGAAGAUGGAAGAGGAAAAGUCAAAGUCAACCAGAAACACCACAGUCUCCAAACAACAAAAGCAUCAGGCGCACCAGUAUACAGAGGUUGAGUGAAGCUGUUUCUUAUGAGUCCCUGACGGGAUCUUUGAACCCAAUAGAAACACUCGAUUUGACGAAUGAGACAAAUGUUAUCAUCAGACCACUUCACAGCAGUAUUCUGGGAGAGAGAUACUGCUUCGAGGUUAUUAACUCCAGAGGGAGCCGAUGCUUCGGUUGUACAUCCGCUGCAGAGAGAGACAAAUGGAUAGAGAAUCUUCUUCGAACUGUCCAACCCAACAAGGAUAACUGUGAGAGGGUGGAGAACAUGCUGAGUCUUUGGGUGAACGAGGCCAAGGACCUGACCCCCAAGAAGAAAUACUUCUGCGAGCUGCAUCUCGAUGGCUACCUCUACGCUCGGACAACCAGCAAGGUCAGCAACGAGGAACUCUUCUGGGGCGAGCACUUUGAGUUCAACAAUCUGCCCCCUACAAAGGAAGUCACCUUGCAUCUCUUCAGGGAUGAGGAUAAGAAGAGGAAAGAGAUGAGCGCGCUUGGUUCCGUCACCAUCCCUCUCGCCGAGGUCACCGGCCGCCAACAUGUGGAGAAGUGGUACAACAUCACCAGUCAGCCCAUAACCAAGGGAAAGAUGGUGAUGCCAACCAUACGGAUUAACCUGCGUUACCAGAACAUCAAGGUCUUACCAAUGAUACACUACAAGGAGUUUGCAGAGUACCUCAUCAGUCACUAUACCACUCUGUGCACUGUGCUGGAACCAGCCCUGAAAGUGAAGGAUAAGGAGGAGGUGGCCUCUGCCUUGGUCCAUGUUCUACAGAGUGUCGGAAAAGCCAAGGACUUCCUGAUUGAAUUGGGGAUGGCUGAGGUGAAUCGCUGUGAGGAUAAACACUCGGUGCUCUUCAGAGAAAACACCUUGGUCACCAAGGCCAUUGACGAAUACAUGAAGCUAGUUGGACAGAAGUACCUGAUAGAAACACUUGGAGACUUUGUGACGAGACUUUACAAUCCAGAAGAAAAUUAUGAAGUUGAUCCCAACAAAUGUUCAGCCAGUGACAUGUCCGAGAAUCAAGCCAAUAUGAAGGCCAGCUGCGAAGAGGCGUUUAGACAGAUUACAGAAUCCCAUUGCGUGUUUCCGGUGGAGCUGAGGGAGGUAUUUGCAGCCUGGCAGCAGCAGUGCUUCAGUCGAGGGAAGGAAGAGAUCGGCAUGCGCAUGAUCUGUGCCUCGCUGUUCCUGCGAUUCCUCUGCCCGGCGAUAAUGUCACCCAGUCUAUUUAACCUGACCCAAGAAUACCCCAACGACAGCACAGCACGGACACUCACACUCAUCGCCAAAGUCAUUCAGAACCUGGCCAACUUCGUCAGGUUCGAAGACAAAGAGGGCUACAUGGCCUUUAUGGAUAAUUUCUUAGAGUCAAACUGGGACAACAUGAAAUCCUUUCUGACAAACAUUUCCAAUCCUGAGCGCCCCAUGAACAGCUCAGAGUUUGAAGGCUGCAUCGACCUCGGGCUGGAACUGUCCAUCCUGCACUCUCUUCUCUGUGACAUUAUGUCUCGGUUGGAGCAGCAAGACCUGAACAGACUGCGACCUCUCCCUGCCAUUCUCCAUGGAAUCACCCACUCACUGGAAAACCCAAAUGCACCAAUGGUGCACCACGAGGAAGUCAGCAGUUACUGCCGUGAAGACAAACCGACCUACGUGGCGCCCAAGAACGUCAACCUGGUCAGCGCGUCCUUGCUGAGCUUGCACCAGUGUGCAGCGGAAGAGCAGUAUCCGAAGUCCAGUGGGAUUGGAAACAAGGGGAUGACGCUGGUGAAACGCACCCAGAGUGCACCAGCACGGAAAAGACCCUACAUCUCUCGGCAACACUCCACUUGCGAACCUGAUGCUGGGAUGGGAGGCCCCAUCGAGAGAGACACCAUCACGAACCUGCCAGACAGGUCUUACAGUACCCUAACAAAGAUCCCCCUCUCUGUCACCCAGUCGUUAAAGCAGUCCCACUCUCGCCCACAAAGUAACCCACGUCUGAGAAUGCAGGGUCACAACCCACGCCGGGUGCCAGUCGAUUCAUUCAGAAAGUCCCAAGUCCCAUGGGAACGCAUCUCUGGGCAUGAGGAAUGGUCCUCUCAAACAGAACCAGGAAGACAGGACUUCAAACCUUUUGAGAAGCAUGAACAAGACAUCUCCAGUCUACAGGAAAACGUAGAGACCAUCAAUCAGGAACUGAAAGAGUUUAAAAAUCACAUAGACGAGCACGUUCAGAGGGUGCUUCAGGAGAACAAUGAGAAGCAGAGAAAACAACUGGAUGAAAAGGACCAGCUGAUAAAGAACCUUACCAGCAGACUUGAAGCAAUUGAAGAGGGAAGGAAGAAGGACAUUGAAAAAGUAGAAGCUGCCACCCAGAACCAACAGAAGAUUGAGUCUUUGGAAAAACGCCUCUUUGCAAUGGAAAAAGAACAUCAGGAAUUGCUGCUCUCCAUCAAAGGGCUGAGGGACAAUCAGCAACCAGCAGGCUCCAACCACGUCACUUCAUCAAGUGUCAUACCCGAGGCUCCAUCCAGCCCUAAUCCCUCUCCUCCACCCAGUUCCAAGGCACCAUCCGGUCCCGCUGAGCUACCCAUUGUGGAAAAUGGCCAACCAGAGAUUGACAGUAGCUAAGAACUUUCUCACCCUUUGGAAUUUGUGUUUUCCCAUAGAAACGGCAUUGGAAAGAGCUAAAGAGAAAUGGAUAACACGUUAUAAUCCUUCUUCAUUUACAAUGCCUGGUACACAUUGAUGUUAUUGCUCAUGUAUUAUUCAUUGUACACGAGGAGAGGGCCUUAACCACAGUCUAUUGACAUCUUUGGGGGUUGGGGUGGGGAAGGGUCGGUUACUGACGCCCACUCAAGUGGCAUUGGGAAUGUUGACAGCCCAUCAGCCAACCAUUAGCAGCAGGUCAAGAAUGAGGAGCAGAUUUGGGAUUCACCACAUACAUAAAAUUAUAUAGAACGACCGGCACGGAACUGGCCGUUUGGCCCAACUGAUGCUCCCUCCAUCUCACCCCAUCAGUAUAAUUAUUAGGUCAGAUUAGUGGAAUACACAAUACAGAAACCAAUGGGCGAAUUUCCCAGCCCCGCCCCCACACCUCUACCGCCGCGGGGCCAGUGGCCCAGUGAAAUCUCUAUUCACACCGGCGGGACCUGAAGAUCCCGUCAGCUUGAGGGGCUGGAAAAUUCUGCCUGUCGGUCAAACUGAAAGGAUUAUUUACACUUUUGAAUUUACGUCAGUGCUUUUCAUGGUAUUACUCCGCACCUCUCACAUAUCUCAGCAGCUUUAAAGGACACCCAUGUAUAGGUUUCUUACGCCCAAUUUUUUUUUUUACCCUCAGUCAGCUGACGACUGCCUUAGACUGAAAAAUAAAAAUAAGAAUGGGGGGUGUAAUUUAUGCUCUAAAUUCUUGCUCUAAAUAGAAGCUUUCGAAAAAUACUUGUUCCCAGGGCAUAGUUAUCACCAGCAACGCCAGUAUUUAUAGCCCAGCCCUGAUUGUCUUUGGGAGGAUGGUGGUGAGUUGCCUUCAUGAACUACUGCAGUCCGUGUGAUGGGGGUACACACACAAUGCUGUUAGGGAUACCCCUGAUAUUGACCCAAGUCAGAAUGGUGGUGUGACAUGGGAGAGCAACAUUUUGAGGGGAUGACAUUACGAUAACAAAAAUAAUACCUUGUAAACAAUACAAUGUAAUAUUCCUGUAUUUUUGUAUAAUAAUGUGAGUUCGACACGCGUUGAAAUGUCAAAAUAUUGUCGAGCUGAAGGCACCAUAUUUUGCUAUCGAUAUGGAAGAUUCAGUGUUUGUCUGUACAGGUAUGGCAAGUGUAAGUUUACACUGUUCAUUUUGCAAUAUGUUUCAUAGCUGGGCUUUUAUUCCAUAAGUAUUGAAGAUUAGGUGCCACACAACAGCAGCAACUUGCGUUUAUUUGGCAUUUUUUUAAUGUAACAAAAUCUUCAGCAGUAUACAGGAGUGCUAUCAGACAAAAAUUUGACACAAAGCCACAUAUUUAGAACAGGUGGGCCAAAGGAUCUCACAGGAGGCGAGAAGUAGAGAAGUGAAGAGAAACAUAGAGGUAGGAGUAGGUCACUGAGCCUCCGCUAUUCAUGAGCGAAGGAGGGUAUUUUAAGAAUUAUUUUUUCAUGGGAUGUGUUGCUGGUGGCUAGGCCAGCAUUUAUCACCCAUCCCUAAUUGCCUUUGAGAAGGUGGUGGUGAGCUGUCUUCUUGAACCGCUGCAGUCCGCGUUGCACCCUAACCCUAAUUCCAGAGCCCAGGACCUCAGCAACUGAAGACACAGCCACCAAUGGAGGUCUGAAGGAACUUGGGAUUUUGCAAAGAUGUCAAAGGGUUGUGGGACUGCAGGAGGUUACAGAGCUAGGGAGGUGGGGAGGUGGGGGCAAGACCAUGGAGGGAUUCAAACACAACGGUGAGAAUUUCAAAGCUGAGGCAUUACGCGAGUGACAGCCAACCUAAGUCAGCAAGAGCGGGAGUGAUGGAGGAAUGGAACUUUGUGCAAGUUAGGAUAACAAUAACUGAGUGGAUAAGGUUUAUAGAGUGAUAAGUGGGAGACUAACCAAGAAAACACAAGUCGGGAGGUAAGAAUAGAACUGUAUACAAAUUUCAACAGCAGAUAGGCUGAUCAAGGCAAGGGCAGAGACAAGUGAUAUUACACAGGAAGUGCUGAACUGAGACCUAGGGACAGGUCGAGUAUCCUUUUUCCAAAACCCUCGGAGCCAAAUGUGUUUCAGAUUUCAGGUAGUUUCGGUUUUCGGAUACCACAUGUAGACCUAUUUACUUUGAAAAUGGCCGAAGCCUAGGCCAGCUAUAGUCUACGGUAAAUAAAAUGGCUAAAAAGUAAGAUGUAUCACUGAAUAAUAAAUACAGGGUACCUGUAAUAACUUCCCACCCAUGGCGCCAUCUGUGAUUCAGCUUGGAGGAGAUCAACAGUACAGAUAAAAAUCGCAAACAAGCAGCUGGACUUUCUGCGCUAGAGGUCGGGUGGGGUCGGCUCGGGUCACAGACUUUCCGCACUAAAGGUCAGGUGGGGUCAGCGAGGUUCGUGUCGGCGCUGCUCGCAGACUUCCCGCGCUAAAGGUCGUGUGGGGUCAGCAAGGUUCAAGUUGGCUCGGGCCAUAUCAGCUUGAGUUGUAUUGGCUGGAGUCAGGGACUUCCCACGCUAAAGGUUGAGGAGGUUGGAAAACAGUGCAGUCUUUGGAUGUGCUGGGUUUUCGGAUUUACAGUAAUAGGAUACCAAACCUGUAUUAGCUUCACUUUAGCAGGCAUUGUAGGCACUCGACAAGUACAGAACGGUUUGAUUUUUGGCAGUUUGUGCAAACUGAGAUUAGUUUGAAAACAGCUUUCCAACGAUUCAGUUAGUCAAGCAUUAUUUAUUCUCUGCUAUGACAUUCUUUCUGGAGAUUUAGAAAGUUUUUUUCUCUGCAGACAUCGGUGGAAGUGGGCAGUACAUACGUGUGAAACACCAUUUUGUGAAGCGGGGGCUUUCCCUGACGUAGCUGCGUCAUUUUGUGUGGUGAUGACGUAUUUUGUGUACGCUUUACCAUUCAGGCCCUAGAUUUUCCUGAGACUCAUACAAUGUCAUGAGUAACAUUUCAAACCAGUAAUAAAAAACUGAUGGUUGUACAGUUAACACGUGAAAUUGCAAUGUUUCCUCAGCGGGUAUAACCUCUUAGACAGAAUAGAUAACAUAUCAGUCUUGGCACUGUCGAAACAAUUAGACCUGAGGUUAUAUCUGGUGUACACCUUUGAUCAUGGUAUAAAAAGUUGCACAGUUUCCUGAAGAUCCAAACACAGUUAAGCCUCAAGAGGAAUUUUCUCCCUGCACCCGGGAAUAUUGUUCCAACGUGUCCCUCUCGCUACUGACCUGGAUGCAUGUUACAGGUCAGCUCAUGUGAAUGAUCUUGUCCUCUAAUCAUUCCCUCUCUCCAUUGCAAUUCCUCUCUCCCUUUUUCCUUGCGGUGGUUCAUCA